GGGGGCGGACUCUGGGCUUUUCUUCCCCUUCUGAUUUUCCCCUCCCCCCUUUUCUCCCUUUCCGGGUUUGGUUCCCCCCUUUUCUUCCCCUCUCCCCCCUCCUUCCCAAGCCCCUUUUCCCUCCCCCGUCCCAGUCCCCCCUGCUUCCCAGCCCUCGGCCCCAGGGAAGCCCCGGCCGAGAAAAGCCCGCCCCCAGAAGCGCGCCGCCGCCGGCCGUCGGGGCCGAGCCGCAGCCGAGCGGCCGUGGGCCCGGGCGGCGGGCGGAGACGCGGGCGCCCUCCCCGCUACGGCCCGUGCGAGAAUCUCACUCUGUUGCCCAGGCUGGAGUGCAGUAGUGCGAUCUCGGCUCACUGCAGCCGCCGCCUCUCAAGUUCAAGUGAUUCUCCCACCUCAGCCUCCCAAGUAGCUGGGAUUACAGAGGUUAGACUUGUUUCUUAUAUGUGAUGCCAUUCCAGCACUGGACUCAUGGAGGCUGAGCAUUUAUUCAGGAGUCCAUAGAGGCCACUGUAUUCUAUUGAAGAACAUGUCUAACAGUAACACUACUCAAGAGACCCUGGAAAUAAUGAAAGAAUCAGAAAAAAAACUGGUGGAAGAAUCUGUAAACAAAAACAAGUUUAUGUCUAAGACUCCAAGUAAGGAAGAAAUUGAGAAAGAAUGUGAAGAUACCAGUUUGCGUCAGGAGACACAGGAUUAUGAGUUCCUUUUUGACAAGAGGCGGACAUCUAACCAUGGUCAUGCCAGGAAAAGAGCCAAGUCUAAUUCCAAGCUAAAGUUGGUGCGCAGCCUGGCAGUGUGUGAGGAGUCCUCCACCCCAUUUGCUGAUGGGCCAUUAGAAACCCAGGAUAUAAUUCAAUUGCACAUCAGUUGCCCUUCUGACAAGGAGGAAGAAAAGUCCACAAAAGAUGUCUCUGAAAAGGAAGACAAGGACAAAAACAAAGAAAAGAUCCCAAGGAAGAUGCUGUCCAGAGACUCCAGCCAGGAAUAUACGGACUCCACUGGAAUAGACCUACAUGAAUUUCUUGUAAAUACACUGAAAAAGAACCCAAGGGACAGAAUGAUGCUGCUAAAAUUAGAACAGGAGAUUCUGGAAUUUAUUAAUGACAACAAUAAUCAGUUCAAGAAGUUCCCUCAGAUGACCUCAUAUCACCGGAUGCUAUUACACCGGGUAGCUGCCUAUUUUGGGAUGGACCACAAUGUUGAUCAAACUGGGAAAGCUGUCAUCAUCAACAAAACUAGUAACACAAGAAUCCCUGAACAGAGGUUCUCAGAACAUAUAAAGGAUGAGAAGAAUACAGAAUUUCAACAGAGGUUCAUUCUCAAGAGAGAUGAUGCCAGUAUGGACCGAGAUGAUAACCAGAUCAGAGUUCCAUUGCAGGAUGGAAGGAGGAGCAAGUCAAUAGAAGAGAGAGAGGAGGAAUAUCAAAGGGUCCGAGAGAGAAUAUUUGCCCGAGAGACUGGCCAGAACGGAUAUCUAAAUGACAUCAGACUCUCCAAAGAAGCCUUUUCUUCUAGCUCUCACAAGAGAAGGCAGAUUUUUAGGGGGAACCGUGAAGGGCUGAGCCGCACCUCAAGCAGCCGCCAGAGCAGCACAGACAGCGAACUCAAAUCCCUGGAGCCACGCCCUUGGAGCAGCACAGACUCUGAUGGCUCUGUCCGGAGCAUGCGACCCCCUGUCACCAAAGCCAGCAGCUUCAGUGGAAUCUCUAUUCUUACCCGAGGUGACAGCAUCGGCAGCAGUAAAGGCGGCAGUGCAGGAAGGAUCUCCAGGCCAGGUAUGGCACUAGGUGCCCCAGAAGUGUGCAACCAGGUCACCUCAUCCCAGUCUGUCCGGGGGCUUCUCCCUUGUACUGCCCAACAGCAACAGCAGCAGCAGCAGCAACUUCCUGCUCUCCCACCCACGCCUCAGCAACAGCCACCCUUGAAUAAUCACAUGAUCUCACAGCCAGUCCCGGCUCUGCAGCCCUCUCCGCAGCCUGUUCAGUUCUCUCCAAGCUCCUGUCCCCAAGUCCUUCUGCCAGUCUCUCCGCCCCAGCAGUACAACAUGGCAGAUGACCUCAGCAACCCCUUUGGACAAAUGAGCCUUAGUCGCCAAGGUUCUACUGAAGCAGCUGACCCAUCUGCAGCUCUAUUCCAGACCCCACUUAUCUCCCAGCACCCUCAGCAGACUAGCUUCAUCAUGGCUUCCACGGGUCAGCCCCUCCCCACUUCCAACUAUUCCACCUCUAGCCAUGCACCACCUACUCAGCAAGUUCUGCCACCGCAGGGGUACAUGCAGCCCCCUCAACAGAUCCAGGUUUCUUACUAUCCCCCUGGACAAUAUACUAACUCCAACCAGCAAUAUCGACCUCUCUCUCACCCGGUGGCCUAUAGCCCCCAACGUGGUCAGCAGCUGCCUCAGCCAUCCCAGCAGCCUGGUUUACAGCCCAUGAUGCCUAACCAGCAGCAGGCGGCUUACCAAGGCAUGAUUGGGGUCCAGCAGCCACAGAACCAGGGCCUGCUCAGCAGCCAGAGGAGCAGCAUGGGGGGCCAGAUGCAAGGCCUGGUGGUUCAGUACACUCCAUUGCCUUCUUACCAAGUUCCAGUGGGUAGUGACUCGCAAAAUGUGGUCCAGCCGCCUUUCCAGCAACCCAUGCUGGUCCCUGUGAGCCAGUCUGUGCAAGGAGGUCUCCCAGCAGCGGGGGUGCCAGUGUACUAUAGCAUGAUCCCACCUGCUCAGCAGAACGGUACGAGCCCUUCUGUAGGGUUUCUGCAACCCCCUGGCUCUGAGCAGUACCAGAUGCCUCAGUCUCCCUCUCCCUGCAGUCCACCACAGAUGCCACAGCAGUACUCAGGAGUGUCACCUUCUGGACCAGGUGUAGUGGUCAUGCAGCUGAAUGUCCCUAAUGGACCCCAGCCCCCUCAGAACCCAUCCAUGGUCCAGUGGAGUCAUUGUAAAUACUACAGCAUGGACCAGCGGGGGCAGAAGCCUGGAGACCUGUACAGUCCUGACAGCAGCCCCCAGGCCAACACACAAAUGAGCAGCAGCCCUGUCACAUCUCCUACCCAGUCUCCAGCACCCUCUCCUGUCACCAGCCUCAGCAGCGUCUGCACAGGACUCAGUCCCCUGCCUGUCCUCACACAGUUUCCCCGACCUGGGGGUCCAGCACAGGGUGAUGGGCGCUACUCCCUUUUGGGCCAGCCAUUACAGUACAAUCUGUCCAUCUGCCCUCCCUUGCUCCAUGGCCAGUCAACUUACACGGUGCACCAGGGACAGAGUGGAUUGAAGCAUGGAAACCGGGGCAAGAGACAAGCACUCAAAUCUGCCUCCACUGACCUGGGGACAGCAGAUGUUGUCCUGGGGCGGGUGCUGGAGGUGACAGAUCUCCCUGAGGGCAUCACCCGUACUGAGGCGGACAAACUCUUCACGCAGCUCGCCAUGUCUGGCGCCAAGAUCCAGUGGCUCAAGGAUGCUCAGGGGCUACCUGGAGGGGGUGGGGGGGACAACAGUGGAACUGCUGAGAAUGGCCGCCACUCGGACCUCGCUGCCUUGUACACCAUUGUGGCUGUGUUCCCCAGCCCCCUGGCUGCCCAAAAUGCCUCCCUUCGUCUCAACAACUCCGUGAGUCGCUUCAAACUUCGAAUGGCCAAAAAGAACUAUGACCUGAGGAUCCUGGAGCGAGCCAGCUCCCAAUAAAUGGAGGAGGGGAAAGGGACUGUCACAGAAGGAGCAAGGGCAGGGUGGAGGGGGUUGAAGGGUCCUGACAGACCAUGGACAGAGGCAGGAAGUAAGGAAACCGAUGUUAAACUGGAGCCUAAGACAGUAAUGAAGAUGGAAACAGACAGAUACCCACACUGGCAUUGGACUCCUUCUUGCUCCCCUGCCAUGGGUCCCUUCUUUUUCCCUGGUUGACCCCCCUUGCAUCACUCUUCUUCCCAUCCUCUUCUUUUUUUUUUUUUUGAGACGGAGUUUUGCUCUUGUCACCCAAGCUGGAGUGCAGUGGCACGAUCUUGGCUAACUGCAACCUCCAGCUCCUGGGUUCAGGUGAUUCUCCUGCCUCAGCCUCCCAAGUAGCUGGCACUACAGACACGUGCCACCAUGCCCGGCUAAUUUUUGUAUUUUUAGUAGAGACGGAGUUUCACCAUGUUGGCCAGGCUGGUCUCAAACUCCUGACCUCAGGUGAUCCACCCGCCUUGGCCUCCCAAAGUGCUGGGAUUACAGGCGUGAGCCACUGUGCCCGGCCCCCAUCCUCUUCUAUCAUUUUUCAAAUCUCUUCUCCCAUCAUAAAAUUAAUUUCUCUCACAUUUUUUGGUCAGGUAGAAUUGGGAAAGUCCCACACUGUCCUCCUAUUACCUUAACAUCCCAAGCUUCCUUUCCUUUUUUUGGUCUUUAUGAAUAUAUUUAUAUGGACAGAAUUAAGAUAAACAAAAUUGAUUGCCCUAUUCUCUCACUUCCCCAUCUUGUCUUCCUAGACCCCACAGAGUUAAAACUUGGGACUCCCCCGGCCCCCCCAGAACACUUGUAUAUUGUUUGUUUGAGGUUUGUGCCGCAGUUAACAGACACAGUAUUUAAUUGCACAUACAGAUGUUUGCUGGGUAUAUUCACUGUAAAUUUUAUUUAAUCUGGUUUUUUGUUUGUUUGGGGGUUAUUUGGGGGGAGGUUGGUUUUGUUUUUAAAUACAAAAAAAAAAAAUCUGUCACUGGA